CAGCUUUUCCUUUCUAUUUACUUGCUGCUUGCACAAUGUCUUUUGCAGUUCCCGAAUCUGUAUCUCGGAAUUUGCAGGUAUUUAGCUGCUUUGACACAUUUUGCUUGGUUAUCUGUAUUUACAUGGAUGACAGCACUGGCAGUCAAUAUCUAUUUCACUUUUGGUAAAUUUUCAUUGGCGGUUAAAUUCAGCUCCUCUAGCUCCUCGUUCGUACAAUACCUUUCAGUGUGCACCUUGUUUCCCUUUCUAGUGGUUGGAAUUUGCUUCUCUCUUGAUCACAUACCAGACUCAAUUUUGCGAGUCCGAUAUGGACAAGGAUCCUGCACCUGGAUCUCAGAUUUUGAAGGUCUGAUAUAUUUCUUUUAUGUUCCUGUAGCGAUUUCGCUCACAGUCAAUUUCUAUUGUUUCUGUUCAGCAUUGUGGUAUAUGAAAAGAACCUCCGACGUCUCGCUUGCUGAGCAGGGACACAAUCGAAAUUUGUGUAUAAUAUACAUUAAGAUGUCGUCACUUAUGGGAUUUACUUGGUUGUUCGGAUUCAUUGCUGCAUUCGCAAACACCACUGCCUUGUGGUAUGUCUAUAUUGUCCUCAAUGGCUUACAGGGAUGCUUUACUUUUGUUUCAUUUCAUUUCAAUUCCCGA